AAAUGAAUCAAUGAAUAAAAGGAACAGCACUAAAAUCCAGCUCUAUUACUCACAGGUAAACAUAGGUUUUAAAGUCAGGUAGCGUCAUCGUUUACAUGAACAAACCGCAUUUCUAUCCUGACUAAUGUUUAUUAAUAUGUAUUAGAAAAAUACAUGAUUUACUUAGCUGUCAUCAAUGACCAAAAACAGACCAAGAUGAAAGCCUUGUGAAACAUAUAAACUGAUUGUAAAUGUAGACUAGACUAGAUAAAUAUGUCUGACCUGAUCUACUAUUAUCUAACCUGUCAUAGAGCAGCACAAUAUUGUUGUGUUGUUAUUAUAAUACAAAAACAAAGUUAGUGACUGUGCACAUGUGAUUUAAAUCAGUGUCUGAUUUAGGCGUGAGUGUCUAUGGUUUUUGUAGAUUAAUUAAUCAAACUGGCUCAAAAAAGGGAGCUUUUCCACCUCUGCUCUUGCGGCCCUAGAGAAGGUGCGGUGGCCCUUUAAAAAUGGACCUCUCCAUCGUUUUGAAUGGGGGAGAACCGUCUGUCCAAUGAUAUGUGACUUUACCAGGUAGUUUUCCAACAGACAUGCUUGGAUUUAAGGGAGACCAUUUACAGAGUGUGUAUUUAUGCGUGUGAAUAACGACCGCAGCUCUGUCUAAAGCAUUGGCUUAGCAUUUAGCCAUGGUUUGCACCCCCCGCUCACAGCAUCACUGUCAGGGCAGACGCUGAACUCCUGGCAGCCGCACAGGGUCAAUGCAGCCAGGCGAACAGGAAGUGUCGUUUUUAACUUCAAAAUAAAAGUCACAGCUGAGAAAAUGAAAUCCAUGAGUUAAUGGAACGAGACCGCUGUUUGUGUGAGAGACAGCCAUUGACCACAUCACGAGAUUAACACCACACAACUGCUGGUAGUGUUUACCUCGAUGUUACCUACAAGGUGAUACAGAAAUGCACUGAUGGAAUUUCUUAAAAGCCAUUCUUUCUUUUUAAAUAGAAAUAUAUGGUUGAUUGAAUUUAAAAGUUCUCAAUUAAUUUAAAUCAUUAUAAUCUAUGUUUAUAAAGUAAGUGAUUCGUAGAUAGGCAGAGUGGGCCUGUCACAAAAUGGCACAUAUAUAAUUAUGAAGCAUCAAGAAAAUAAGUUGUUGUUAGGAGCCUUGUUACAUAGUCUUGUCGCUGCAGCUUGAAAUCGAGCGUCUCCGGCCCUUAUUUUGAAAUGUCUGACCGGAAAUGCAGCCUUGUUGACGUAGAAAGUGACGGCGGUGCUGCUGGCUGGGAACAGGAUGCUGUCAGGCCGAACAUACGCACCGACCUAACGGAGAGAAACCGCAGCUGCUGUGGCAGCGGCAUCCUUUGUUUUCUGGAGCCGGAUUAGCAGUGUUCACAUCUGUGGUCACCUCAAGCAGCGGUCAAACGGCCGUAGAACGUGUACUACCCUUCAGCCUGUGCUUCCGCUAAUGGCCUGUGGGAGCACUGAAAUGCCCUCAGAGCUUUUCUCCUCUCAUUAUAUCUCCGGUCACUGCUGUCUCUCUCCUUUGCCCAGACCUUAAAGUUCUACGUUGUUGAGAUCACGGGAGGAGGACUGUCAAAGUCAGAGCUGCUCACCCAAAUUCAUCCUUCUGGCCGAGCAAUGCAGUAGAACUUUGGGCUGCAUUUCUUUCUACUCUACAGUCGGGCUCCUUUACAUGGUCAUUACAAUGGCCAUGAGGAGGGCUGAGUGCUUUGUCUCGUUAUAAACUUUUGCCACCUCGUGUCUUCAUGUUUUGGGAGUCCUCCGGUUCUUCCACCCUCUGUCAACCCCCCCACACCUGCUGCCACCACGGCCGGCCACCCCGCUCGCCUCGUUGCCAUGCCGACAGAGACACUGGCUCCGGACUUGCAAGAUAGCAAGGCUUCUGGCUCUGCGACGGCCUUUGGUUCUGCCGUGCCCCUGCGUAUCCUUAACAAGGGCCCUGAAUACUUCAGACGACAGGUGGAACCCAACCCCAAGCGCCUUAGUGCAGUGGAGCGUUUGGAAGCUGACAAAGCCAAAUACGUCAAGAGCCAGGAAGUUAUCAACGCCAAGCAGGAGCCCAUCAAACCACCUGUGCUGGUCAAGCCUGCCGUCUGCCACACCCUGCUCUCCAAGAGAGGCUCAGGGAUUAGUGGUGGUGGAAAUGGAGGUGGGAUAACGUUUAAAGCAUCCAAUAACAACGCCAAGUCAGACAAAUGUGGGACUAGCAGCAGCAGCAAAUGGGAGAAUUUAAACCUUGAGAUUUUGAAAAAUCUGCUGAACUCAUCGUCCUCUUCCGGAGCAGGAUCUGAAGGACUAGGAGGCGGAGCUAAGAGUGCUGUGAUGAGGUCAUCAGGUGCAAUGACCAGAAGCUGGGCAUCCUCGGGGAUACCGUUAACGUACAGAUCUACAAUCACACUAAAUGAACAGCCACCAGACCUGGCCCCCAGUCCCUGCACCUCACACUCCCUACGCUCCUUCUCCCACUCCCUAAAGGUCCUUCCUAUCACCAGCGGGGGGCGUCACAGUCCACAACAGUUAGAAAACCUCAAUCUCAGCAGACGUGUCCUGGAUGAGGGACGAGUCGGCGAUCGCUCUCGUUCUCCGCCACUGCUGCCCCUCAACUCCCACUCCUCCUCCGAUCUCCUGCGGCUGUGCAACGGCAAACCCCUGCGCAGCGCUCGGUCCAGCAGUUCUUCAGCUCCACCCCUCCCUCCAAAACCUAAGUCGGCUUCUCUGCCUCCUCCUGCACUUUCUUUGUCAUUGCCUCCUUCUCGACCAACUCUCUCCCCCCUAGCCUCCGACAACACGCCGCAGUCCUUAUCGUCUGAUUGUGAAAACCCUCCCCACCCCCCGGCCGAUUCUAAUCAGGAGCCGGAGCUCGGCUCGUCUGUGGCUCGUCGCUCCUCGCUGCACAGAUCAAAGUCAGACCUGUCAGACCGUUACGCCCGCGCCGGGGCCGAUGUGGAACGCUUUUUUAACUACUGCGGCCUUGACCCUGAGGAGCUCGAGGCAGUGACCCCAGAAAACUUUGCGAGGGCCAACUCGGACAUUGUUAGCCUGAACUUCCGAUCGGCCUCCAUCAUCUCCUCCGAGUGCGACCAGUCGCGGCGCUCCUCUAACGACGGGCUCUCAAACGGGGACGAUGCUGAGGACGAGGAGGAGGGCGGAGAGCGCGUGCCUUACGGCAUCUCGGCGGUGGAGCGAAACGCCCGAGUCAUCAAGUGGCUGUACAGCAUCAAACAGGCGAGAGAAACACAGAAAGUCUCCCACGUCUAGGAAACAGCUGCACAGCUCUGGAAAUGGACACAAAUUCACUACGUUUUGAGACUGAACAUGAUGCUGAACUGACAUUUUAUUGAAAAACUGUUGAAGAUGGACAGAGGUGUGGUAGGUCUGACCAGGUGAAAUGUAAAAACAAAUGAUUUAAGCUGAGAAAAGUUAUUUUAAGAAAUAAGGACGAGGACUUUUCUGCUAAGAGAUGAUGAACUACACUAAAAACACACGCAGAGGAACAGGGAAGAGAGGAAUAUGAACGUUAUAUUCAGUCUGGAGAAACAAUGUAAAUGACCUUAAAGGUUAAACAAACACACAGUUUCAACCUAUAAAUAGAACAUUUGUUUGUUCAAAGAACAAAAAAAAACUGCUUACAAACCCAUAAAAAACACCACAUCACCACCAAUCAGCUUUGACUUUUAAAUCAUUUCUGUGUUUUGUUUGAAACACAGACACCACAUCCUCACUAGAUGAUGCCACUACUUCAAAGCCUCUAAAAUGAGACUCCAAAUACACAAUUUAUUGUUUUUUACCUAUUUUGGUAUUUUCUACAUUUCCAUUUCCAGUUGUGUUUACGUACAACAUUCCACAAUAAUAAUCAUAAUAAGAAUUCAUAGUUACAAAUGAUCAAAAAAGAUUUGAGAUGGAUUUUUUUGUUUUGUUUUUCUUUUUGCCUCAGUUUACAGUAUAAGACGUUAAGUUUAGAAAAUGUAUUUUUCUUCCUGUGAACUGCCAUCGUCUGCUCUCUCCACAAAUGUCUUCAAGGUCCGUGGACAACAAUCAGCUUUUUUUUUGUACUAAAGCAAGAAUAAUUUGUACAUGUUUCCUCGUGCAGAGAACAAAACAGAGAGUGUGAUUGUUAUUAAUACGACUCUUUACGUUCUCCAAAUGCUGACGAAGAACGACGUGCAUCCCUUUAAGUUCUCUGGGAAAGACCUUGUCCUUUUAGUGUGUGAAGGUUCUGAAGACCCCAGCAGCUUCAGUAAACAGUCCUCAGACCGUUAGAACUCAGUUCCAUUUAAACUUUAGCUUGACAAAUCGUUAGUUAUUUGAAUAAGUCGUUCAGGAAGAUGCACAAAACUCCAGCUUGGCUAAAAAUAAAUUGUGAUGCAGUUGUGACAAACAUCUUCACCUGGUGUACAGUAGGUGUCACUGUUUCUUGUCUAAUUCCCAACCUGUGGGUGCCGUACUGGCACAGGGCCAUGGGUCAAAAUAAUUCAUUUUACUUUUUCUUUUUUUUUGAUUGAAUAGACUAAGUGAUACAUCAUAAAAAAGCUCACUGUGUGGUGAACAUUUAUUAUAGAAAAAAGUGGUGAAAGAGUGACUUUAAAAUGGGACAAAGUCCUGUAAUGAGACAAAGAACAAGAGUCGUCUAUAUUUCAUAAACCCACCAGGCCCGCUCUGCUUUUAUAAUUUGUUUUUAUAUCAGUUGUAUCUUUUUUUACCUCUUUGUUUGCUACAACUUGAAGUCUGUCGGUCUGUUUUGAACCUCUGCUCCGAGGUUAAACUGUGAAUAGGUGUUUCCACUCUGACUGGGUUUGUUUUGUUUAUUUGCAUGAGUAAGAUGGUAGAGCUGGAGUCUCCGUUGAAUGAACGUGAUGCUGUGGAACAAUAUAAUAGAGACCAAACUCCAUCUGACAAGAACUAGAAAGGUAGUGAUGCUGAUUCACUGUGUGGUCAUUAUGACGUCAGCAGGUUUAGCACCGUUCUUCUUACUUAGACUCAUUGAUAAAGCUGUUUGCAACGAUGUGGCAAAAAACUCCAUGAAACCCAAAUGUGACAAUUGGAGGCGUGUGUGUGUUUGGUCUGUGGAGCUGUACGGUCAUGAAAACAUCAUGGUCGGACUAAAGAGUGUGUGUUUCCUGUGAUAAACACUUUGUUAGUCCAUUUCAGUCUCCUCUAAAACAUCUGUCAGACAUUUCUGGAGCAGUUCCUGUAGACCAGAGGUCUCCAACCACUGGGUUGUGGGUCAGUGCUGGGCCGUUGGUCAUUUGUUACCUGGCUACCACGAAUAAGUAACACAUUUUUUUUGUAUUUUAUUGAACAUGACCAAAUUGUUUUUGUUCAAACCUCUGACUAAUUUCCCUCUUAAUUCCAGACCCAGGUCAAAAUCAAACUCUUUCUGUGUAAUAUGUGCUGUUCAGUAUUAUGUUGGGUUUUACCUUUAAGCACUUUAUACUUGUGUUCUAUUGUAUUAUUUUAUUUUCCCACCCAAACAUGGGCCACAAUAUUGUGGAACCUAGAACCGGUCCGUUGUGCAGAGGCGGUUGGAGACCUUUACCACAUACAGUAGAUACAGGAAGUCAUUAUUCCUGUUUAGUUACAGAUGUGGAGCAGCAGUGGGUUUAUUUCUAGCCACCCUGCUGUUAAAUAAAAAAAAGUCAUUAUUAAAGAUGUGCCAAAUAUUAUAGGAAUUGUAUUUCUCUGCCUGUGCUACUAUUUAAAAGUUUAACUUUUGGUUUAAAAAAGUAUGCCAAGCAGACAAACAUUUCUAUGACAACUUGAAAAACAAUCAUAAUUUACUGAAAUAACAAAUCUGUUUCUCUUGAAUAUUCUGUGUUUCCAUCACAGAAUCCCUUCUUUACACUAGGUCCCAAACUGAAAACU